GUUUAGUGUUUGGUGUUUGACUGUUUGGUUUGAUCAAGACGAAAACAGUCGUGUGAAGUUUGUAUUGGAAUGUUUGUAGUUACGCAUGUGAGAAGCAUUCGUGUUAUUAAAGACUGUGGACCUUACAGAAAGAAUGAAGGGAAAACCAGGCACAUAUGGCAUUGGUAACUACUCUGCCUGACAAAAAGAGUGGAACGGUCAGAAGAGGAGGAGGAAACGAAAUGAAACUUCGUGGAUUUAGAAGGCCAGGUGGACGAACUCGUUCAGCAGAGCUGUGCAUGUUUUGGUGAUGCAUCAGAGUCCAAGUGCUUACUGAAAGACAUACAGGUCAUAAAUUGAAAAUGGAUCCCUACGAGUUUGCACGUAAUAAGUAUUAUGAUACAGACUACACGUACUCAGGUAAUCAAUUUUGUGACCAUAUCGAUUCUGCAGUUGCAAACAGCAUGAGUCAUGAACACAGCAGUACCCCUUUCCUUUAUAGAGAGACAGGUGUUGAUUUGGCUAAUGAAAGAGUGAGAGAAAAUAGUGGACUUGGUGGUGUUCCUUUGAGACAGGAUUUCUUGGGGAGCUGUGAAGGAAUUUCUGACUCAUUUCAUUCCAUGUAUGAUGUACCUACUUUUAGCACACACACAAUGCAAGAUGUGUGCAAUGCUAAAGACUUCAGAUACGACAAUAAUGAUCCCGAGGAUAACUCAUUUUAUUAUGCAGCAUCAGAUGCUGUACCUAAUCAUGCAGCUUAUUACCUUGCAAGUGCUAACAUUAUGAAAGAAUGUGAUCCGUCUUAUCCUGUUAUUUAUCCACCAGCAACAGUUACAGAUCAGUGUACAAACUCUGUAAAACUUCACAGUGCUGAUUCUGAUUCUUCACAGUUGGGAAAUUAUUCACAGAAAUAUACACCGAAAUAUACAUUUGAUCCAUGUGACAGAGAAUUUAUUGAAGCCCUUGUUGUAAAAUUGGCAGAAAAAUCAGUUAUGUAUGCAGAGAGCAGGGAGAAAGGAAAAGAAUAUUAUGAUUUUGCUGCCAGUACUACCGAGGGCAAGUCUGUAACACUAGCCCAGAAUGGAAAUUUAUCAGCUGGACUGCCUUCUGCUUCUUCCCUUGAUUUAGAUAGAAGUUUUAACUAUGACAGCAUUGUCUCGGAUAGAGAAAUCAAUUCAGUGUCUCAUGAUAAGAAGGCACUCGUUCCAUCUGAUGAAACUGAUGCUAGUGAAAAACAUUUAGACAUAGAGAACGUUAAUAAUGUCGACAACAGCUCAUCUGAACAAAAUGUCGAAGAUGCCAUUGAAGAAGUACCAUACGGUAUUUCAGUUGCAGAUAGUAGCACUCAUCAGAGUACUGUUGAGGAAGGCAACAGUGAAGCAAAACCUGCAAUUGCCCUUAGCCCUGAAGAAGCCAUGAAGUACUUUUUAGAAACAAACUGCCUGAAUGUUACUAGUUACAAAAUACUGGACUCCAAUUGGACUGUGAAGGAAAUUGAAGUAACAUCUGACUGGUUUCCAGAGACUACACUCGACAUUGAUGAUGAACAACAGAGAAAUUUGUUAACCUACGUCCAGCAGACACAUCUUCGUGUACUUGUAAAAAAUGAGCUGAGAAAAAUCAAUUACAAUCUUACAAAUUGUAGACCAGAUGAGACAUUUUUCUCGAAAUUGGAUUCCAGCUUAAAAAAAAAUACAGCCUUUGUAAGAAAACUGAAAACAUUUACUGGAAGCCAGCUUCCAUCCCUCCUAAGAGACAUGUCGACACUAAAUUUGUCGAAGUACGUCAGCGAAGUAGCGGCGGCACUGGUCGAUGCGAAGUUGAAAAUGGUGGAUGUGUGGCCUGCUGUUCAACUGUGUUCAUUAAUGCAUCAGACAUAUGCUGAUUUUGGACCAUUUCUCUUGGAUAACUGGCAGAAAGUAUUGUCUCUUAAAAAGGAUGAAAAGAUAGCAAAUCAGGCCAAACUUCGUGUUGACUUGAGGUUCUAUGCUGAACUUAUUAGUGUUGGCAUAUUCACACAUAAAGAAGGUUUACCAUUGUUGGGCAACAUUCUAACAGUGUUAACGAAUAUGGACCGUGAAGAACAUCACAACAUCAAUAUCAUACUCAGCUUUUGCAGACACUGUGGAGAUGAUUAUGCAGGACUGGUCCCACGAAGACUUCGCAUACUUUCAGAACGACAUGGAAUUGCAAUUCCACAAUAUAAUCUGCUGUCAAAAGAGAAACAACGCAAUGUAAAAUUGUUGUUGAAGGAUUACUACAGUUCUCUUUGCAAGCAUAGAUUGAAGGAACAUCUGGAGCUUCAGAAUUUUGUGAGACAGAACAGAAAAAUAUUGCAGACUAAGGGAGAGUUAAGCAGUGAACGUAAAGAAAAAUUAGAAGCUUUACAGGCAUCCUUUGAACGUAUUGAUGUUGGAACACAACAGUUUGCAGAAGCCUUGGAUGAAGACAUUCCAGCACUUCCUGAGGACGAAUCUUUGAAACAUGAUAUUAUGGCAAUGAAUGGAAGCAGCGAAAAUGAAGAAGGAGCUGUUCCCCCUGAUCUAUGGGAAGAUGAGGAAACUAAGCGUUUUUAUGAAAAUUUUCCCGAUCUUAAGGAAUUCAUACCGAGCCUUCAAGUGCGGGCUGUGGAACCAGAACCAGUGGUCUCAGAAGAAGCACUGGAUGCAGAAUUUGAGAAAGAUUUGAACUGUAUUUCACCAGAGGAAGAAACACUCCCUCCUGAGCCUGAAGAAAUAGAAGAAACUGAGCCUUCAGCUGUAAGCAAUAAAGUUUUAAUAGAAUCAUUUCUGUCUGCUCUUCCCAACUGUGUAAACCAAGAAAUGAUAGACAGUGCAGCUAUUGAUUUUGCAAUGAACUUGAAUACCAAACACAACAGGAAGAAAGUUGUGAGGGCACUGUUCAAUGUACCUCGUAUUCGUUUAGAUUUACUGCCUUUUUAUGGACGAUUUGUUGCUACGUUACACCCUGUGCAACCAGACAUUUCGGAAGAUCUUUGCCAGCUUUUGAAGCAAGACUUUAAAUAUCACAUCCGCAAAAAGGAUCAAAUGAACAUUGAAUCAAAAGUUAAAGUUGUUAGAUUUAUUGGGGAAUUAGUGAAAUUCCGCAUGUACUCCAAAAUUGAAAGCUUAUAUUGCCUGAAAGUGUUAGUACAGGAUUUUACUCAUCAUCAUAUUGAAAUGUGCUGCAAUCUGCUAGAAUCGUGUGGAAGGUUUCUUAUCCGGCAUCAUGAUUGUCAUCAAAGAAUGAAAGUUUAUUUGGAACAAAUGAUGCGUAAAAAGGCUGUAAUGGCUCUGGACUCUAGAUAUGUUACAAUGAUUGAAAAUGCAUAUUACUUUGUGAAUCCACCAGACUCGUCACUGUCAUCCAAAAAGGAAAGACCACCAGAACAUGAAUUCAUAAGAAAGAUCCUCUAUCAGGAUUUAACAAAAACAAACAUCGACAAAAUUCUGAGAUUAAUGAGGAAACUGGAUUGGAAUCAAGCCGAUGUUGCAUCGUAUGCUAUUAAAUGUCUCACUUACGCUUUCAAGGUUAAAUAUUUCAAUAUCCGCUGUUUGGCAAAUCUGUUAGCAGGUUUAGUUGCUCAUCAGGAAUUUGUUGGCACCUAUGUUGUUGAUGGAGUGCUCGAAGACAUUAGACUUGGUAUGGAAGUGAAUCUUCCAAAAUACAAUCAACGACGUGUAGCAAUGAUAAAAUACCUUGGUGAACUGUACAACUAUCGAAUGGUUGAAAGCAGCAACAUAUUCCAGGUUCUCUAUACUCUGAUUACCUUUGGUGUUACUUGGGACUGGACCGUUCCUUCUGUGCUUGAUCCACCAGAUAGUCUUUUUCGAAUAAGACUUGUCUGUGUGCUCCUUGAAACUUGUGGCCAGUACUUUGUUAGUGGUAUGAGCAAGAAGAAACUUGAUAUGUUCCUUGUGUACUUUCAGCAUUAUUACUGGUUUAAAUACUUACAUCCUGUGUGGACCACUGAGCAGCCAUUUCCAGUCGGGAUAAGCCAUAUGGUUAAGGAAACUAUCACUAACCUGCGCCGUAAUAUACACUUGUUUAAUUCAUUGGAAGAAGCAGAAGAAGCAGUUAUCAAGUUGCGUGCUGAACAGGAGGCAAAUCUUGGACCUCUGCAAAAAUUUUGGCAAGGCUCAAAUAAUGCUGAUGAUACUACUUCACAAGGAAGCAUUGGUGACAAUUCUGUGGAAUUUGAUGAUGAAUCAGAGCAAGGUGCUUCAGAUUUGGACACAAGUCAAGAAGACCUGGAUGCAGAUGAUGGAGCAUCAAGUGGGAUAUCAGGGCUUUCUGAGCUUGUUAUUCCAGGUGAAGAUUCAUACUCAGUUGACAGUACAUACGAUCUAAUGUGUGAGAAUAUCAAAGAUGAAAAUUAUUCAGAAAUGCUGAACACUUUUGAUGUUGGAGAUACAACCACGGGAAGAUCUGAUGUGCACAUACAAUCUGAGAAAACUGAUGGUUGUCUUGCACCUAGGCUGGUGGAGUGUCCAGAAGAUGAUGAGUUUUUGAAUGCAUUUGAACGUAUGGUCUCUGAUAACAUCCAAGAUAGGUUACAAGAAACAAUAAAACCACAACAAGUUGACAUAUCUGUUCCCCUCCACAUAAAAGGAAGCUCAAAAAAGACAUAUGAGCAACUCCAGGAAGAGGAACAAGAGAAAACAAAUAUGAAUUUCGUAUUAAUGUUGAGAAAGGGCCAUAAACAACAGUACAAAAAUUUGGCAGUGCCUGUUGAUUCAGAAAUGGCAUUGAACCUAAAGAACAGGGAGGAGGCUGAACGUGCGGAAAAAGAGAGAGUAAAGCGUUUGACAUUGGACAUAAAUGAAAGACUGGAAGAAGAAGAUUACCAGGAAAUGUUGGCACAGGCACAACGUCCAGCCUUCAUGAACCUCAACCGUGAACGAAGACAUAAAUAUCAGCACCCAAAAGGUGCACCAGAUGCUGAUCUCAUAUUUGGUCCAAAGAAAGUAAGAUGAGAAGUGUUUGGAAACUAAGUAGUGGAUGCAACUUGGUUUACAGAAUCGCCGUGUGUUUGUAAGAUCAAAGUCUUGUUCGUAAAUCUACAUUGCAAGGUGGUUGUGUAUCUUCCUGUUUCUUAUUCUUUACAUAUCUGUGGCUCAUUUGUUUCAUAUUAUUUUAUAAAUAUUGUAUACAUUUGAGAGCUCUUUUAUGUUAUUGUAAUAAGUGACGAUCUGUAUGUAUGCAGGAAUAUGGAGUUUGUUGCUAUAUGAGUGGUGGAAAAGAUUCUGCUGAUCCUGUUUGUUCUGGUUACAUGCAGAAUUAACUGUUUAAUGCAUGACACUGUAAAUACCUUUUGGUUGUAGUGCAAUAAAAAGACUGUUUUAAAAAGUAAAAAAAAGUACUGAUUAUGCUGACUUAUCUAUUUUCUGUGGCUUUAAAUGCAAGUUUAUCUGAAACAGUGACUUCUUCAAAAUGAUUUAAUUUAUUUGUGAAUAAAUGUAUAAAUUAGAAAAAAUAAUUUUUUAUGUUAGUCGGCUGCAACAAAAUAUAACAGGAGCCAGUAGAAAUGCUAUGUCAGGUCUGAAUUAUGCUCACUUAUGAAUAUAAGAUUGCGAGAGAGUGAUGUGGGAACAAAAACACAUUGAAUACCAGAAAGGGUAUGAAGUCCUGAAAAGUGCAGAAAAUUUCAGUGGUUGUUGAAAACAGAUUAUCAUAAUGAGCAAAUGCUAGAUACAGUAUUGACCAAUCUGAUAUUAAGUGUGUAGCUUUUAUGCCCUGGUGGGAAACUCUUAUAAUUUUGGUAUUAAUUGUCUUCAUUAAUUAGAUUAAUAAUAUCUCAUCUUCCUGCCUUUUCUUCAUUGGAUUAUGAUAUGCAUGUAUACAGUGAAUGUUGCUGGAAAGUAUAUGUUUGGUUCUUGGUCCAUCCAUUAUAUGUCUGGUUUUUGGAGCCCCCUCUAAAUUAUAACAAGUAGUGUAUGCAAUGAUUUUAUAAUGAUUAUAGCCUGUGUGUUCACCUUAAUGUCUUUCAAUUGGCUGACUGUAAGCCCUACCCGGUUGUUGACAAAUACACUAUUUCCCUUAAAGAUUGUGCUCCUCUGUUGUGUGUGAGUUGGACCUCUCAUCUUUAUUAAAUUUGUACAAGUUCUGUUCAAUAUCAUAGACACCUGUUACUGUGAAAGUUGUUUUGCACUCGGCAUGCUAUUUUACAAGCAAGAAGCAUGACAAUACAGUACAAUUUAUUGGUGGUACUGCAAUCGCAGAUCCAUUCUGUUUUGGCACAAAUGCGUGCUGACCAUUCUUACUAUUUCUUACAAUUAUUAUUAUUAUUUCUUCAAUUUGUUUACUGACUUUUAUUUCUGGCAUUGACCUUCCAAGGUUUUGAUUCAGAGACCAUCAUCAUCAUCAUCAUCAUCAUCAUCAUCAUCAUCAUCAUCAUCAUCUCUCUCUCUUUCUAAAGAGAGGUCUUCUAAACCUCAAUUCUGGUUGCCUUGCAGUACUGUUAUGUAUCAGUUCAUCACUUCUGUUCAUUGUUUUCAUUAAUCUGAAUUCAUAGCUUCUUGAACUGUUUGUAGCUCAUUGUGACCAGUCAUAGCAGAUAUUUCACAUUGUUUGACAUUUGAGUGUUGAUGGAACAGGUAACUGUAUUAUUGUCAUUAAAUUUCCUGUGGUCGCUUCAUCUGUUGGCAUGUGAUCUCCAUUUUUAUUGUUAGCAUCAGAUAUUUAUUUUUGGUAUGAGUUGUUGAAUUUUCAGUAGGAAUAAUACAUAACUGCUAGACACUGUGUUCCUUUCUCCUCAUCUAAUAAUUUUCUUCAAAAGUAACAUGCUGCUAUUCAUUCAAUUUAGUACCUUUCAUUGUUAAUAUUUGCUGACUCUGUUACUCUAUUGCUACUUCAAUGCUAUCAAAAUGAAAUUUUAAGCUCUUUUCAUGUGCCUGUAGAAAAAUAACAAUUAAUUAAAGGAGGGGGGACUGCCUUUUUUGUAAGAACACAACAAUUUUGUUUAAUACCCAUACGUUUCACCACAGUGAUCCUCUGUAGGUUUUCCUUUUAUUAUUUCAGAAAUAUACACGCAUAGAUUGUAUGUAUGAUUGGAAUACAUUACAUCAUAUUUUGUUGCUGUUUAUGUUACAUAUGUACUUCACAUUUCUUUACAUUGUGUGCCUUGUGCCCGCUAACAGAAAUCAACCACAGGUCUAAAGCAAUAAGUCAGAAAACUUAAAAUAAUUUCCCCUGAAUAACUCUUUCCAUUCCAUUGAUGAAUUUUUACUUAAAAACUGGUAGCCAAUAAAAAAAGAAAGAAAAAUAAAAAACUUUGUUUUUAAAUGUAAUUGUAUGAGUAGGACUAAAAAAAUUGUUCAUUUAUCUUAACACCAAUCAUGUAUACAUAUCCUGUAAACUCAUUUGUUCCAUGCCAUUUCAAUAAAAGAAUUGUUCAAAUGAUGUAUGGGCCAUAACCAUGUCAUCUGCAACACAGGGAUGUUAGUAUGAAGUGUAAACUGAAUUAUCAUUGGGAAUACAACAUUUAAAAACUAUAUAUUCUGGUAAAAUCAUGGAGUGUACCCCCUUUAUAUGCUUACCAUUGCUGUAUUUGACUUGGUCUGAGCUGUACUAGCUUUUAUUUGCCUGCCAAAUGUGUUCUUAUUGUUGUAAAUAAAAUAAAUUAUAUCCCAGCCUA